UCACGGCAUCCGAAUAAUAUAUCUAUUAAUGAUGUAUGAAAUCACAAGAAUAUCGGUAUAUUUAAAUAUAUUUAAUUCAUUAAAUCUCAUAUACGCUGGUUACUUGGAAGCUGGAUCAAACUACGUAAAACCAAAGUUAGAAAGAAAUAAUAUUGUAAAUAAGGGUUUAUGGAUUAGAAAUAAUAGGGACAAAAAGUAUACAAGUGAUUUUAUAUUUAGAGCUAAUUCCCUUGAUACUGAUAAUGUACUUCAGAACAACUAUGAUGCGUUUGGACAGAACAAUGUGGCAGGUUCGGCAUUUUUUUCUGGAUUUAACAUGGAAAGGAACAAACGGUCACCGAAUGAUACCUCAAAACCACAUUCUACCAAGAUAGUGAAAUGCAAUAAUAAUUCUAAUUGUCCAAAUGUCGGAAUUGAAUCUAAAUUUAUUUCAACACUGAAACCAGCAUCAAUAUUUAAUGACUAUCCGUAUGAAAUUGCAGUACUUCUCGGUCAAAAAAAAGAUUACCUUCCAUUUUUGACUGAGAAAGAUAUCGAAAAUAAUGAAGAAAGAUUGAACAAUAAAGAGAAAAAAUCCAUCACCCAACAAAGUAUUAAAAAUAACUUAAACAGAGAAAAAUCUUCGAGCGUAAAUGAUUUAACGUACACAAUAUUUCCCAACGAAAAUACAAAUAAACCUCACGCUAAUAGAACUAGUAUAAUACCAAAACGAAGUAUGAAUCAACAUGAUUAUGGAACUGAAUUGAUAAAAAAAAUUGAGUUCACUGAAGAUUUUAAUAUGACAGACCCUAACUUUAAUAAAAUAGAUAGAAACAAAUUUGAUAAGGAAGAUUUGGCUUUGCAAAAUGCUCCCACAACAAAUAUUAAUGUAUACAAAAUCUUACCGAAGAGACUUGAUGAUGUAAAACACAAAUCUUUAAAUGAAAGAGGUUUAUUAAAGGUAUUGACAAUGCUUACAAAAACAUUCAAAAAAAUUACGAAACAACAUCAAGACAUAAAAAGAAUUCAUAACAAGUUAUAUGACCUUAAUGAUGACUUUACAAAAAAUUCGGAAUUAUUAACAGGAAAAUUUGAAGACUUUAAUUCCAAAUAUUUAUAUAUGAUGAAUCUUAAUGAUAAACUUAAAAUAAUGGAAGCUAAGUUGACUGAAAAGGAGCAAAAGUUUAAUGAUAAAGAGAAAGACAUGUCUAAAAAUUUAAAAGAGUUUGAAAACCAGCAAAAAAAGUUCCUAGGACAGCAGCGACAGUUUUACAACGUGCAAAAAUUAAUGCUAGCGCAAAAUGAAAAGAUAAACUUUAAACAGAACGAAAUAGCAAAAACUCAAAGUGAAAUAUCCCACAGACAAAUCAAUUUUGCUCGGAUUUUAAAAAAGGCUAAACAAAUUCUUAUGAACUCUAGAAACAUGAGCCCUACGAAAUUAAAUACGGCAAUAGCUAAACCAAAAAUAAAGCUAGGGGAUGAAAAAGUAGAGCCCCUAAGAGUUGUUAACACUUCAAAAUCUACCACCACCACUGCAAGACCCGAAACAACUGAAACAGUGAAAAUUAAUUUAUUUUCGAUACCAACUUUAAAUCGACUUGAAAAUCAGGACCAAAUGAUUUUAGACGAGAAAGAUUACCAACCAGUCGACGAAUUAAUAUACAAAUAUUAUUUUAAUAACACAUUCAUAGAUGAUUUGAUGAGAAGAAAAAUUUUAGCAACGUUCAUAGCAGCUUCGGAAGCGACAGAUAGCAAUGUAACAAAAAAUAAAAGAAAUGGAAAGGCUAACACGACAACGACACUUAUGGUACCUGUUAAAAAUACAGUUGAAUCCAAUUAUAGGCCUAGGAGUAGGCGUUGGGUUAAGCAUUCUACAAAGAACAAUCAAAAGAAAUCUUCCAAAGGUUCUCCAACUACUGUUAUUAAUACGGAGCCUAUUCAUAAAGAAAAUAUAGUAUAUACUGCUAUUAACAAUGAUAAUUUGAAAAAAGAUAUUACUAAAAAAGUUGACCCAUUCAUUACCAUGGCACUCAGCUUUUGUAGGGAAAUUGGACAGAAUUCAAACCAACAAAACAUGAAUUGGUGUGUGGAAAAAGCGCUCCGAAGAUUAAAAGUAAUCGAUUUGAAAAUGUCACCGUUGAUGGCUGCAAGGCCUCCUGCGUCACUCAGUACCACAGCUCCGGAAAUAAGUCAAAAUGAAAUCACGAUAUCACUUACAGAAACAUCCCCGACUCCAAAACUACAAAAGCAAAAUGCCCAGAGUCCAGUAACAACUGAAGACAUCAAUGCUGUCAUGUAUUUUCCCGACAACGACGAAUUGGAGAACAAAUUAAAGGAAUAUGAUUUAAAACCUGAUCCAGAAGGCACAGUUUACUAUGAUGGGAGUUUGCACGCCAGCGAUAUUGCACGAAUUGGUGAUACGGACAGCGGUGGUUUCUCAGACAUAAUGCCAGGUCUCGACAGCAACUCACGAGUCCAAGUUGACCCCUUGGCCUUUGAUCUACAGGCCCAAAGACGAGCUGAUGUUAGAAAAGUGUUUUGUGUUACGUUGUUGGCGGUUGCAUUUACUUUUAUCGUGAUAUUGACUAACGUUUUUAUAGACAUCGAUGGAUUACUAUCGAAUAAGAAAAAAUUUUCAGACUUGCCAGACAUUUCCCCAAUACCAGAACCUUUUAUAUAUGAUGAAGAUAGUCCACUGGACUUACCGAAAUACCUUAUUUCUAAUGAAGAUAAAAAUUAUGAUAGUGAAACAAAUCCAUUAUAUAGAACUAAAAGAUCCAUAGAAUCGGAAACCGGUUAUCAGGUAAAAAGUCCUGCAAUGAAAAAUAUGCUAACUAGACGAUUUGCUAGCCUUCUAGAAGAAUUAGACGUGGAAAACACUAAGAAAGAAAUUAAAUUUGAAAUAACAACAACAAAAGAAGUAGGCAGAGUUACAAAAAACGAUGAAGAUUAUACGUUAUCAAUUAGAAAUAAGGACUUACUGCAUUUUGCAAUGCAUAAUAUACUUUUGCAAGGUUUGAAACGGCAUACGGACUUAAACGAUAUUUAUAAAAAAUUUCAUGAACUUAUAAAAAUCUUUAAUAAACGCCGCAUCAGGGAUGUUUGCGGAAGCGAGAGUGGACUGCUUCUAUGCCACAAUGCGCAAAAGAUCUGGCUCCCUGGUGCGAAGGUUUUGGGGGAGCACCAUCAACAUCCUGAAGAUGAAUUCUGGCAGUUGCCUUUGCAAGCACUAAGUACACAAAAUAUUGUGUGUAUCCAGUGCUUCAUUAUGGGGCAGUCUAAAAGUCCAGUACAUUUAUUAUUUAUAGAUGAAAAACUCACAAUAUUGAAUACUAUUGCCAACUCUAAAGAAGCAAUAAAAGAGGUACCUGAAAUAAUAAAACGUUAUCAUUAUAACGAAGAACAUAAGUUUUUUGAAGAAAUAAUGAAAUGUAAAAAGUUGGCAGAUCAAGUAGCAGGAACCACUGUUUCUAGUGACAUUAACACUAAAAAUGAAAAUAAAACUGAAAAAGAUGAUAAAGUUGUAACAAUUAAAGUUGUCAUUGAAAUCAGUGAUAAAAACCAAUCUAAGGUAUCAAGUAAAACACAAAAAAAUGAAAAUGUAGAAGGGCUUAUAAAGUUAAUAUAUAAUGGAAAACCAAUCAAAAUAAACCAAUUUCAUGAUGAAAUAAUUUCCCAAAACUCUAGCAAGGCUAAAGAAAUUCGAGAUACUGAAGAAAUAAAGAAUUCUGUUAAUAAUAAAGCCUACAGUAAAGAAAAUAAAGUGAAAAACAUGGAAAUGAUUAAAAAUAAUCAUACGUAUACACCAAGUCCUUUGCUUAAAACAGUAUUAGAUGAGUAUUAUUUACAAAAAGUUAAAACGCAACGCUCAAAGAGGCAAAUUAAAAUUAGAUACUCAAAUAAUGUCACAAAAUCGUCCAAAACAGAAGAUGUCGCUGAGGGCAAAGAUGACGAUGACUUUUAUAUAGAAAUAGAAACGCAUUUCGAUGGAAAAGGUAUAAAAGGAGAAAAAAAGAAAAAACUUGUGAGGAGUCUCAUUGAUAAAAUACAAAAAGCUCUACACUCUGAUAUUCAAAAAAGGCAUGAUAGUGUUGAACACAUUAAAUUUGUUAAGCGGAUGCAGGAUCCUAUUUAUAGCCAAAAUAAAAUUUCCCUCUCACAUAAAUUAGCACCUUUGGAGCCUAUUGAACAUCGGCAAAUUGAUCCUAUAGGAAAAACUUCGGAGAUUAUUGAAAAUAUAGCUGAUAAAAACGGCGUUGCAUGGAAAAGGCAAUAUAAUGGUCCAAACUUUUUAUCAGUUUCCAAAUCUGUCAAUUCUGCUGAGAUGAACGAGCUUAAAGUAGACUAUGACAGUAUUUUAAAGAAUGGUAUCUCAAAAAGAUUACAAAGACCUCUAAUUACAGAAACAGUUGACGAAGAUGGUAGUACUGGGUUAUUAAAUCCUAAUUCUGGUAACGUAACCUUGUUUUUAAAAGACAUUGGCAGUUCUGGUUUUUCAAUUGGUUUUAAUCAAUACGAAGGUGAACCGCCAGAUAAAGAUAGUAUGAAAAUGUUUAACGGGAUAGAAAAUCUAAUUAGAGAAUACCAUAACACAUAUGAUCAGGCAGAUAAUAUAAGUAAUGAAUCGGUUCUGCGAGCAAACAACAAUUUAAAUUUAGUUGAAACAGGUCACGAAAUUGCGAAAAGAAAUGUUGAGAAUUUACAUAAUAUUUACAGACGUUCAAUAGCGCAAGUAGGAACGAACUAUUAUAAUGCUAAUAUAUAUAGUAUAGUUUUUAAAAAAGAUCCUUCAUUUGAUAAAUAUCUUAAUACAAUCAUAAAUAAUAAUAUACUAAAUCUACAACACAAUCAAGAAUUAAAAUUUCGUAGUAGAAUCCGCCAUGGUAAAAAGAAACAAUUUAAUGCAAAAAGUAAUGACAUUCUGCUAUUACCUAGUAACGUAUCCUUAAGAAAAAUGCCUUUAACUGUAGAUGAAAGUAUCCUAAACAAGAAACUAACACCUUCUAAAUUUUUUACGACUGCUAACCUUGUUAACAGGAAUAGAAGAUCUUUAAGCAUGAAAAAGAUCUCAAGCUUAAAAUCUAAAAUUAAGUUAAAUCGAUUCUUAAAUACGAAAGCAAUGGCGAGUAAAAACAUAUUUUUGAUGAAGAAGAGAAAUAAACGCCAAGUUAACAAUGUUAAAAUUAUAACAAAAGAUAGGCCUAAGGCACCACCUAAGAAUUCAGAUGAAAAUAUAUUUUUUAUUUCAAGAGAAAAUACUUAUUCGGACAAAGAAACUAUGAUAAGAGCUGUUGAAACAGCCGAUACAAGGAUACAUAAUAAAAACAAUGAAUAUUACGAUGAGGAAUCGCCAUUUGAUAAUAUAUACAGAAUUCAAAAUCCUAAUUCACAAGUCGGCCUUGCCGGGAAUGUAUAUAACACAGCUUUAAGGUCAAAUAGACUUAUGUCUCAAUAUCCUCACAUUUUGUUGGAUAAUUCCAAAUCAAAAGAAGAAGCAUAUUUUAAUGAAAAUUACUAUAGGACAAAUGAUAAGCCAUAUAGAAUUGAACCAUCGGCUAAACCAGCAAUUGGUGAAAAAGAAAUUGAAUCAGCCACUGAACAUUAUCAUGCUACAGAUUUGCAAAAUUUAAGUGAACCUAAGGUUGAGCAACUUCUUGGGGCUCAAAUACAACCAGGGAGAAAUUAUAAAAUUACCGUUAAAAUGUCACCAAAGAACAAAACGAAUACAAAUCAACGGUUUAAAGAAGUUCAUACCACAGUUAAUAAAAGUUUUGACGAACACGGCUUACGUUAUUAUACUUUGCUUAACGUAUCUCAAAUAUCUAAAAUAGAAACACUAAACAAAAGUGAAGGCACAAAAGAUAUGGUACAAUCUCUAAGCGAUCCCUUAAGAUACCAUCAAAAUCAAAUUAAAGAGUUAUUAAAACUACACAAAAAAACUGUCGAUUUACAAUUGAAUACUUUGCUAAGAGAAAGUGGUCACUUGGCAAAUUUGAUUGAAAUGAACAAAAAGUAUAGUAUGAAUAAAACAAUAAAUCUAUUAACCAAUAACGGAAAAAGUUUAGAAAAUGGAGGAAUAUUAUUAGAUUCUCUGAGAAUACUGCAAGAUACAACCGAUUCAAUUACCGUUAAACCGAUACCAACUACUUCGAAACUUAUAAAUGCAUUACCAUUUACCACUGAAAUACCAAAGACAGAUAGAUCUAUAAUUCUAGAUACAAUAAAACAAAACGAGAAAGUGACAUUUCAGAUAUUGAAAAAAAUAGAUACAAAUACUCAAAUACUACAAACAUUCCUGCAAAAAAUUUCUGAGAAAUUAGAUUUAGAUAAAAAAGAUCAUACUACAGUUAAAACUACAGAAAAUUCUGCUGUGGAAGUGAAGUUAGAUCUUUCUAAAAAUUGGAAAACUUAUGGGGUAAAUAAAGACACGUUCUUCAUUUCCAAUGAACGUCAAAAUGAUACAAUACCCUUUGUUUAUGCGUACCAGCAAAGCAUUCCAACGAAAAAUAGGACUCCACCACAAAUUUUGACCAGCAUUGUAUACCAUGGGCAUAUACACUCAAAUGCAGUUAACAACUUAAACAGUGAUAAUUUCAAUAAUCCCGCACCUAAAAUAGAACCCAAUGUACUUGUUAACACAAAUAAUAGUAAAAGGAAAUUAAACGAGUCGAGAUUAUUUUUGAAUGAAUUAAACAAUUUCCAUGUUAUUCCAAACAAGGAAAGUGUAAUAUCAGCGAAUAUAAAAUUAAAUACCACUGAUGUAUGAGUAUAAAACUGAGGGCUUUUUUUUCUUUUUGGCAUCGCUUCGAGCGGUUUUAUUUUAAAAUGACAAUUUAUUAGAUAUAACCUUGAACUCUAUAUCAGGUUUUUAAUUCCGAAACAAAACAUCAACCAUAUUUAAA